AGUAUAAAGGACUAAUCAGCUCAUCGAGACAUUUACGCUAUUCAUGUUUGCACAGGGCGGGGAAGUACUUGAUCCUGUAAACAUUUAAACGUAUUAAAUCCUGCUUUAAUUCUUUGUGAAAGAAGCCCGGUGUCAAAGAACGCACUAGUCCGUGUACAGAGAACGAGUGCCGCGUGGAAAUAAGUUUGGUGUAACCAAGCCCUUCCACUCCUUAGGGUAAGUUAUUUUUCUAACCCGCCCCCAUCAAGGGCUGAGCAUUCAUGUGUGAAGUGUAGAACGUACUGAAUGCUGACACUAACAAGUCAUCGGACCAAGCAGUCGAACCCGCUGAGAGGAUUCAGGCCGAAGCCGUGCCUCCCAUUGGCUGCCGGCUAAUGAAUAUUGACAAGGGUGUCGUUAGGGUACAAUUAUAAAUCUGUCAGGCGCUGGAUGUAGAGCUGCAGUACUUCCAGUGCUGUCAGAGCUUAGCUUGCCAACUUCUCACCGCGGCACUGCUCUUUCUUCCACAUCACACAAAAUUGGAAUUUAUGUGGAAUCGUGAACCAGCCAGUUGCGUGGGAGAGUAAACUGCAAAGUAUAACGUCGCACAUGGAGCACGGAGUGUAAGGAAUCAGAAGUGGAAUACUUAGCGAUCUUGUUUUAACUUGUAGCCCAACUGAUUAUUCAAACUAUUUAAAAUGCUCAUUACAGUAUUUACAUUGAAUGCGUUUCUGACAUUUUUGGUAAAACACGUGGACGGGAGGUCUAAGAACUCCAGUUUACACAAUGGUCAACUGUAUCCACAUAGGACUUCAAAUGAUCUCUACAUGGACCCUUGUAAAGUUGGUGCUUUCAUAGGAGAUAUAGCAUUAGCAAAAGAGGAUAUACAAUUUUUAAAACAAAUAAUAGACAAUAAAAGAGAACCGCCAAAGUCUGUUCCCGUUAUUUCCAGCCAUAGAGGAGAAGAAGGCAAGAAACUACAUAAAAACAUUAGUAAACUCACAAGAUCUCGUCUUCACAAAAGCAAACGUGGAUCAAAAAAACCUCGCAAUAAACACAGAAGACAAAGAAACCAUAGGAAAAGGCACAGGAAACAUGGACACUCCAGAACAAAGAAACAAAUGCAUCACUCUGUCCACAAAAGAGCGGCCACUGCCAGGCCAGAAAGACUGUGGGAUUAUGGAGUGAUUCCUUAUGAGAUCAAUGCAAACUUCAGUGGUCAACACAAAGCUCUAUUCAAGCAGGCAAUGCGUCAUUGGGAGAACCACACUUGCGUCACCUUUGUGGAAAAAACAGAUGAGGACUACAAUUACAUUCUUUUCACUGAGAGACCAUGUGGUUGCUGUUCAUUUGUGGGCAAGCGUGGCAAUGGACCUCAAGCCAUCUCCAUCGGCAAGAAUUGUGAUAAGUUUGGCAUCGUGGUGCACGAGCUGGGUCACGUUAUAGGAUUCUGGCACGAACACACCAGGCCCGACAGGGAUAAAAAUGUGCAGAUAAUUUACGAAAACAUUAUGCCAGGCCAAGAGUAUAAUUUCAACAAGCUCUCAGCAGCAGAAGUGAAUUCAUUGGGUGAACCUUAUGACUUUGCCAGCAUCAUGCAUUAUGCAAGGAACACUUUCUCAAGGGGGACGUAUUUAGAUACCAUUUUACCAAGAAGAGAUUCAGACACUCUAACCAGACCUGAAAUUGGACAGAGAAUCAAGCUCAGUUCAGGGGAUAUUGCACAAGCCAAAAAACUUUACAGAUGCCCAAUCUGUGGUCGUACUCUCCAAGAGUCCAGUGGUAAAUUUGAUUCUCCACAGCAUGUUCCGAAUGAACAGCAGAUCUGUGAGUGGCGAAUUUCAGCCACACAUGGAGAGAAGAUUGUCCUCAAUAUUACUGCCAUGGACAUUCCUUUCUCUGCCAACUGUCAGGAAGGGGAUUACGUUGACAGGACAGAUCAUGUGGAGAUAAGAGAUGGACAUUAUGCUGAAUCUCCACUCAUAGGCCGAUACUGUGGUAACAACUUACCAGCCACAAUAGUUUCCAGUGACAGUAGAAUGUGGAUACGAUACAGGGCCCUUCCUGGGACGUCAAACCAUCAAGGUUUUACUGCUCAAUAUGAAGCUGUGUGUGGGGGUGAAAUCUUCAAGGAACAGGGCCAUCUUUCCAGCUCUAACUAUCCUGAUGACUACAAACCUAACAAGAAGUGUGUAUGGAAAAUCACUGUUCCGGAGCCGUAUUCUGUGGCUGUUAAGUUCCAGUCUUUUGAGAUUGAGAAUCAUGACAACUGUCAGUAUGACUAUCUUGAGAUUCGAGACGGCCAUGAGGACACCUCAAAACUUAUAGGCAAAUUCUGUGGAUACAAGAUCCCAGACUCUAUUAAGUCCACCUCCAACAAGAUCUAUAUCAAAUUUGUAUCUGAUGGCUCUGUGCAGAAACCAGGAUUUUCAGCACAGUUUGUGAAAGAGUAUGACGAGUGUGCCACGGAAGACCAUGGCUGUGCACAUGAGUGUGAGAAUACUCUGGGGAGCUUCAAGUGUCAGUGUCACAUAGGCUAUGAGCUGCAUUCUGAUGGAAAACAAUGUGAAGAUGCGUGUGGUGGGUACAUUGAAGAACUCAACGGAACAAUUCAGAGUCCAUCAUUUCCAGAUUUGUACCCUAUAAACAAGAACUGUGUAUGGCAGAUUGUAGCACCAGCCCAAUACAGGAUUUCUCUCAACUUCACACAUUUUGACUUAGAAGGAAAUAAUCAAGACUGCGAAUAUGACUCUGUGGAGGUACGCAGUGGUUUUGAGACAGACUCCAACCUGCUGGGGGUGUUCUGCGGCUCCACACUCCCUAUGCCACUGACAUCUGAGGGAAACAGUCUACGCAUAGAGUUUAAUUCGGACAAUUCGGUGCAGAAGACAGGAUUUUUGGCUACAUUUUUCACCGACAAGGACGAGUGUGCUGUAGACAAUGGCGGGUGUCAGCACAUCUGUAAGAACACAGUCGGCAGUUACCAGUGUGCCUGCAACAAUGGCUACCAGCUGCACGAGAACAAACACGACUGCAAGGAAGGUGGUUGUAGUCAUGAAAUAGUGACUCCAGAAGGGGAGAUCACAAGCCCUGACUGGCCCAGUCACUACCCUGCCCGCAAGAACUGUGUGUGGCACUUCACCACCAAGCCUGGACAUAGAGUAAAGCUGACAUUUGUGGAAUUUCAGUUGGAGCCUCAUCAGGAAUGCACAUACGAUCACAUAGAGCUGUUUGAUGGAGAUGAUGACAAAGCUCGCAGUUUGGGGAGAUAUUGUGGACACAACAACCCUGAGCCUGUCGUGUCCAGCAGUAAUCGUAUCUUCAUGGUGUUCUUCUCUGACGCCUCGGUACAGAGGCAAGGGUUCAAAGUGGCUCACACAACAGUGUGUGGUGGCCGUCUUCUUGCCACAUCUAAGGAGCACAACCUGUACUCUCAUGCCAAACAUGGCGAUGUGAACUACAACAACAAAGCAGACUGUGAUUGGGUAAUACAGGCCAAGGAAGGGUACAGGGUACGCCUCAGAUUUCUAACAUUUGAAGUCGAGGAAGAAUCUGACUGCGGUUAUGACCAUGUGGAACUAUUUGAUGGUGAGGAGACUUCUGAGGUGAAUAGAGUUGGAAAGUACUGUGGCAAUGAGCUUCCUCCAGAGUACAUAUCAACAGGGGAAUAUUUAACUCUACGCUUCCGGUCAGACGACACAAUUAAUUGGAAGGGUUUCUCUGCAACUUACUUAAUGGCUAGUCCUGAGGAAAGGGUAGAGCCCUCCGUCCCUAAAGUCAUACCAACAGAGAAAGAGAAGAAUAAACUCCCCACUGCAAUGAUCAAUCACAGAGAAGGGUCACAAUCUAAGAAAUCUCAAAGCAUUGUCUAAGGAGGAAAACAUUUAUAAUAGCUUUGGAAUCGGAUAGUUGAAUUAAUAUGUUAAAAUCUGCGAAGAAGUCAACCCUCCUCACUCUACAGUGCCAUGCUAUGUGUCAGUUUGAGCAUCAGAGAUAGAGAUGAGCUAGAAUAUGUAAAUAUUCAAAAGUAUGCUCAGGACAUUGAAGUGAUUUAAACCAUGUUAUUUGGUAAGAAUAUAUGUAAUAGUUUUUGAUGGAUUAGAUUUUCCUGGUUAACAAAAUUUUGCUCUUUUCGUGGAAAAGUCAAAUACAUUUCUGUUUGUUGGCUCAUUUAAAGCACUGAAAAAGUCUAAGAGGGUAAGGUUUAUCAGAAUUUGGUAGGGUGUCUACAAAUCUUGCUGCUCUUCAAAUUCAAGUUAGCUUUUCAUAAUUUUCACUAGCAAAAUAUGUCCCUAUUCCAGAACAAAUCAGAUCCUAUUGUGCCAUUGUUAUUAUUGUGUGGACUGAUAUUUGUACCAGUGAUAUGACUUGACUGCAUAAGAAUAUUCUAUUUUAUCCGUUACCAAGCCACAGCAAUAUUGUCAGUAUUAUUACAUUUAGUUCUCUGUACUAGUAAGGUGUUUUUAAAUUGAUAUUUGACAGUAGGAUUUAAUCUCUUUUUAACUCAGGCCUUUGAGCCUUUUACAUUUGCUUCUGUGGCACAGCUUGGAUCAACCAUCAUCAUGUGUGAGUGUGUGAAUUGUACAUUUUAGUUUGUAAAUGGUCCAGUGAAAUGUUAACUGCAAUUGUUUAUAUAAAUACUUAUACACCACAAACAUGUAUGUAAUUUACGCAGAUUUACAUUAGGUAGCCUUUCUGCAAAUGUUGUAAAUAGUUACAUUAUUAUAUGGAUAGUGACAUAAGUGAACAUCUAGUGAUCUUUACAACUUUUAGUUAAUUCAGACCCUCUUCUUUGCCUUUCCUACCAUUUCUCCAUUGGAGGAUCUGAAGAGGACUUCAUAUCAGAUUCUCCAAAACUGGACUUGUUUGAAAUGAUGCCAUUUCUCUGAAAGUGACAUCUUGUCAGAAAUCUAACCAUCUUUCCAAAAUUAAAGUCUUGUUGGAGUUGCUACCAUGCCUCUAAAACCAUACUUGUUCAACAAGACUAAAUUACAAAUGCUGAUGCAGGCAAUACUGAUAUUUGAAAGAGACGAUUUCAUUCCCAAAUUUACUAAAGAGCUGGUAGGAGAGGAAAAGAGAGUCUUGAUUGUUUCAGAUAAUAUGUUUGAACUCACUGUGUGAGUGUUACAUUGUAUACUUAAGGGAGUCAUUUAAGACAAAUAUCUGAAUAACACCUUAGGAUCUCAGAGCAGAGCAGCUGAAGUCUGCCUGACAAAUUCAAAUGGCAAUCUAGGCUCACCUCACUAUGUAAAAUUUCUACAAAAUACAACACAAAUUAUCAAUUUCA